CGUCGUCCUACCAAAAGCGAACGUUUAAAUUAAAUUAAAACAACAUUAAGUGCGGUUGCCAAAAAAAUAUCAAAUACGCUAAUUGAUGUCCAGUGUGUAAUAGAUUGUUUACAUAUAUACAAGAUGCAUAAAAAACAUAGGAAUAAGAAAUCAAGAAAAAGCAGGUCGCAAUCAAAAGUUGUAGAAGACGCUUUAGAAAACCAGGAAAAAUAUGAAAUAAAAACGUCAAAAGUAAUGGGAAGAUACAUGGUUGCCACUACAGACAUAAACCCUGGAGAGGUUAUCCUAUCGGAAGAAGCCAUUGUGGUUGGACCCUGCGUUCAUUGCAAACUGCAAUGUUUGGGUUGUUAUACCGAGUUGGGUGGUAAAGUAGUGAGGUGUACAGGUUGUGGUUGGUUUUUGUGUUCCCUAACUUGUCCUGGUUCGAAUAAAAAGCAUGGCCAUACAAAAUUAGAAUGCUCCAUACUGAAAGAAACAAAAUCCUCCAAAUAUUUUGAUGUUAAAACUGCCCAAAACCAUUUAGCUGCUAUAGUACCUCUAAGAUGCCUCCUACUAAAAACCACCGAUCCCUCCAUGUAUGACUUCCUAAUGGAUAUGGAAAGUCAUACAGAAAUAAGGAAAUCCAUUCCUGAAAUAUGGAACAAUAACCAAAUAAAUGUGGUAGAUAGAAUAACAAAACAGUGGGGUCUCACAGAGUUUACCCCAGAAGAAAUACAUGUAAUUUGUGGAAUUUUGGAGGUGAAUUGCUUUGAAAUUGGCCAGCAAGACGUCAAUAUUCGAGGCCUGUAUCCUAAAGCGUUCCUCAUGUCUCACGACUGCAUACCAAACACCAACCAUUGCGACUCAGAUGAUUAUAGAUUGACAGUUAGAGCUUCUGUUUCUAUUGGUGAAGGCUCACCAAUCACGUUAAGCUACGCUUACACCCUACAGAAUACUCCAAAAAGGAGGGAACACUUACUGGACAACAAAUUCUUUGAAUGUAAUUGUUCGAGGUGCCAGGACCCUGCUGAACUAGGGGCCUACAGUAGCGCCCUCUACUGCCCAAAGUGCUCUAAAGGGCUAGUUCUAGCAAACAACCCCUUGGACUUUGAAACGUCAUACAGUUGCACCUCUAAAACCUCAGGAAAAUGCGCGGGUUACACCAUAACAAAUAACUCCAUGAAGUUACUGAUAAAUAGGGUUUCCGAUGAGGUGGAUAAUAUAAAUUCCAAUGACGUUAAAGCCAUGGAGUUCUUUAUAAAUAAGUAUAGGAACGUUCUGCACCCCUACCAUUACAUUUUCCUGGGGGUUAAGAUAUCCCUCAGUCAAGUGUACGGUAAAAUUCAAGGCUAUCUCAUAAACGAACUCACAGAAGACCAACUACAACGAAAAAUAGAUAUAUGCAACGAAUUAUUGUCUAUUUUCGACAUCAUUGAACCAGGCUACACCAGAAUAAGAGGGGUGACUCUAUACGAGCUACACGCACCUCUUAUGAUCCUGCUGACGAAAAAGUUCGAGAAAAAUCUAGUCUCGAAACAGGAGCUCAAAGUGAAGUUGAGAGAGGUGGUGAAGUGCCUUUUGGAGGCUAGCACCAUUUUGGGUAAUGAGCCCAUAGCCUCCUCCGAGGGUAUGAUGGGCUUGGCCGCCCAACAAGCCCUCUUGCAGAUUAAAGAUUGGGAAAAAAUUGUGGGCAGAAUUUGAAAUGUGAUUAUUUGUUCUUUGUUAAUAAAUAUUUUUAUUAUUUUUGUUAUUUACUAUUUUUACCUAAAUUUGAUAGUUUUUAAGGUUAUUUUUG